AUGGGUAAUUGCAGUUCAAAGGGGGCAUCUGGAAGUCCGGGGCCAGCAAGGCCAGUCUCAAUUCCAUUGCAAAAUUCCACUGCACAGCCUGCCGGAAAUGUCCAUCGCGCACAGCAUUCACAGGGAGCCCGCCCUCCACAGAUUCCCCAUCGAACUGAAAAGCCAAUGUCACCUAAAAUAAGGACCGAGGUCUUAAAUGCUACGCAGAAAGCAUUUGGGAGCCUCAAGUAUGGUGUGAUUGGCGGUACCGCUUUGGCUCAGUAUGGCAAUAGGCGUACCACAUCAGAUGUGGAUGUUAUGGUUCCAGAAGAUGUAAUUGAUGUUAUCGAAGAUCACUUGAUCAAGCAUGGAAUGGUUCGAACAGCAGGAAAAGGAAUAGGAUACAUUGCUUCUGAUGGGAAUUGCUAUGGAAUCGACAUUACCUCAGACAAAGCACUUAGUCAGACAUUUCAGGCGCCACAAACUCAACUCCGAAUUAUGCCAUUGGAUUUCCUUUUAAACUCGAAAGCUUACUCCUUUCUAUCGCGGGUUGGCCCAGACAAGCAGCAGAAAAUGGCUAAUGAUGCACAAGAUAUUCUUUUCCUCCUGGGCUAUAUGAAGAAAAUCAAUUAUAACCUAGAUAAACGACACUGUCGAUGGGUAGUCGAUUAUGAUUUCUGGGCUUUAUUUUGUGCAACUUACAAUUCUGCGGAGCGAGACUUUCAUGCACUUGGAUUGCAGAGAGAUCAGACACCUAGCUCAAGCAACCGUGGAUCAAGGCAUUCUAGCAUGGAGAUAAUGCGUCGUAGAAGUCAAAGCAGCGGCAGCUGGUAA